AUUCACACAGUAACCACAUCAGUAAAUAGACAAGCCAACAACAACAAUGAAGAACUUCUAUUUGGUUUUUACAAUUUUCUUGGCCUUUGUGGUUUUAACCACUGCAGCGGUAGUGCCUUCAGAUGUUUCUACGGAUGGUUCCAUGUUUGAAUCAUUAAGGCGUGGGAAUUGCAACCUGAACGCCUGUCACCGUUUUUGCAGGCGUCUUAAAUUUCCUGGAGGUGUUUGUAUAAACAACAGAUGCAAGUGUGAUAAUUGGGAAGCCCUCGACUUUGAGCUGGGACAUGAGAGAAUGAAACGCGAGGACUGUGAUUUCAACGCCUGCCACAGCCUUUGCCGGCGAUUAAAAUUUCCCGGAGGCGCCUGUGUUAGAAAUAAAUGCAAAUGUGACAACUUUUGAAAUGAUAAUGUAAAAUUUCCAAUAAUCUAUGUAAAAUAUAAAAUCUUUAAGCAACAUAUAUGUCUUGUUUUAGGACUUUAUAGCUUAAAUUCAGUAAGAUGAAAAUAUCUGAAUAAUUAUUUAGUUACUCAAAAGCUGAAACAAAAAAAUUGUGACUGACUUCAUUUUUUUUACAUAAAAAGAUUUCUUGUUGCGUCGUUGGUAUAUGCAAACAAAAAAAUAUUGUACCUAUAUAUAAUUAUCUCAAUCUCAAUAACAACCAAAAUGUGAAAUUAAGGAGAUUUAAAAAUAUUGAAUAGUUAAAUCAGAUAUAACUUAAGCUACAGUCUAUCGAUCACUCUACUAAUAGUCCACAACACAAACAGACGAUAGUUUUGUCACAUUUCCAAUAUAAACGUAUGUAUUUGAAUAAUCAUAAUAGUCGUUUUAACUUUGAAAAAUAACAAUCAAAUAAAUUAUUGAAGCAAAAUAUUAAGAUAGUCAUUUCCUUCAAACAAAACCAACAUAUGUUGUCAAGUAUUUUUCAAUUUAUGUUUUUAUAUAUAUAAUAUAAUUCUUAAUUUGAACACACUGAUAUAGGCGAAAAACAAUCGUUUUGCAAAGCUCUAUUUUGACAGUUUACUGUCUAAAAAUAUAUAAUAUAAGUAUACCACUUAAGAGUAUAGUCGUGUUGAUUAUAGUCGUGCUUGAUUAUUAUAAAUAUUAUUGUACAAUUGUCACUGAGGUUAUCUGUCUGAUUCUCAAUUACGCGUAACACGUUUUUCUAUAAACAUUGCUCUUAUCUUUAUAUACAACAAAUCAGUUGUUUCCCUGACAGUCAGUAAAUAAGUUGUAUAAGCAUAAAGUAAAAUUUUAAAUAAUAAUUAUAAAAGAAUAUUGUUAUAUGUAAAAAAAAUUACAAUGAAGAAUUCUAUUCUUAUUUUAACAGUUUUAUUGUUGUUUGGGUCUUUUACAAAACAAGCCGCAGUACCUACAGGAACCUUAUUUUCAGUGGAAUCUAUCAACUCUGGACCAGUACAUCAAAGAUUAAAACGCGAUUACUGUGAACCCGACAUCUGCAACUGUAUUUGCCAACGACUCGAAUAUACCAGAGGUGCAUGUGUCAAUAAUGAAUGCAAAUGCGAUGAUGUCUAAUUCGUAAAAUCAAAGAAUGUUUGCGAAAAACAUAAAAACCAACAUGGCCUAUACAUUUAAAAACCGUCUUAUAAUUUAUUUCGCAAAUAUUUCAUGAUUUUUUACCUUAAUAGUACCGUAUUUCAAUAAAAAGACAACGUUU